GACAGUCUGAAUGUAGAGAAGUUUGCACAUCAUCAUCAAACCAGAAUUCCCUUACCCUUAUGAAACUUUCAGGAAAUACAGCUUAUCUGGUUUCACAGCUCUGUGUUUUCCUGUUUGGACAUAACUGAAUACCCGCACGUCCGCUGCUUCAGUCUCCGCUACGUGACCGACAGAGAAAUAAUCAGAGUACUAUCGGCGUGACGAUUUUGACGUAACCGGCGUGACAUCAGAGUGGGCCGGAUCUGCACGUUACGGUGUCGGAUGUUCACGGCGAAUUAAUUUGGUCUAAACGGACGGAACAGCCGUUAAAGAGGAGCAUCUGACAGGUGAACAUAAAGCUGCUGUGUGGGUUUCUGUCCUCUGAGACGCUGGUUCAUCUUUAAGCUGCUGGUUCUUCUGUUCGGUCUUCGUGAAGAUGGAUCCGAGUGACGAGCAGCGCAGCGCGUCGAGCAGCAGCCAUGUUUUUGUGCAUAACCCACACCUGGAUGCGAUGAAAGAUGACAUUCUCUACCACUUCAGUCUGGGAACCAAAACCCAUGACCUGCCAGCGAUGUUCGGCGAUGUCAAAUUUGUGUGUGUCGGAGGCAGCCCCUGGAGGAUGAAAUCCUUCAUUGAGUACAUUGCUGCUGAGCUCGCCAUGGAAGACCCCAAAUCAGAUUAUCCAAACAUCUGUGCUGGAACAGAUCGCUACGCCAUGUACAAAGUUGGGCCAGUACUCUCUGUCAGUCAUGGAAUGGGCAUCCCGUCUAUUGCCAUAAUGCUACAUGAGCUGAUAAAGCUCCUCCAUCAUGCACGUUGCACAAAUGUUACAAUAAUACGCAUUGGGACGUCAGGUGGAAUAGGACUGGAGCCCGGCACUGUGGUCGUUACAAAGCAGUCUGUGGACGCCACCUUUCUGCCCAAGUUUGAGCAGGUGAUCCUGGGGAAGACUGUGGUUCGUAACACCGACCUGGACCUAAGUUUGGCCGAGGACCUGCUGCAGUGCAGCAAAGAGCUGAACCAGUUUGAGACCGUGAUCGGAAACACCAUGUGCACUCUGGACUUCUAUGAAGGCCAAGCCCGUUUGGAUGGUGCUUUCUGCGCCUACACCGAGAAGGAUAAGCAGGACUACCUCAGCAGAGCCAGAGAAGCAGGAGUCUGCAACAUUGAGAUGGAAUCCUCAGUUUUUGCCGCCAUGUGCAAACUGAGUGGUCUGAGAGCGGCCGUGGUUUGUGUAACGCUACUGGACCGCCUGAAGGGGGAUCAGCUGAGCAGCUCCCAUGAAGUUCUCCACAAUUACCAGAUGCGUCCUCAGGUUCUUGUCGGCAGCUACAUUAAAAAGCAGCUGAAGGCAAAGAUGCAGCGCAGCUAAGUGCAAACUUCUAUGCAAGAACACAUCGUACACGGAAAACACGGUGCACCGCAGCAGCUUUAAACUACCUUUUUUAUUUCAUCUCCACAGCUCACAGGUAGCUUUUAAGAGUCACACCAAUCAGUUUAAAUUCUACUUUCUAUUUAUGCUUUGAUUUAGUUGAUUGACUUCACCUUUAUAAUUAACCAACAUGCACUGCUUCACUUUUGUUUCUUUUUAUAUUUAACUUAAAUAGUUUGUAACUGAGAAUUGAAUGUAAUGUAGCCACCCAUAGUGACCAAAUGUGUCUUAUUUAAGGAACUUUCUGUUUUUUUUGAUGUGUAAAAUUUCUGAUCCAUUAAACUCCACUUGUUUUAGUAAAUCUGAGCUGACAAUGGUGCUGUAAGAGAACUGUUAUUAGUGAAAUACUCCUUGUUUCACCAGAGCAAACAUAGCGACACUGAUAUUUAUGCGUUUGUCUCUUGUAGAUGCCAUCAAAACGUGUUUUUUCUAUUCAGAAUGUCUAUUAUGCUGUUCUUUUAAGAGUUUGCUUGUGUAUUUUUUUCUUCAUUCAGAACCUAAAAACUGAAACAAAAUGACUCAUUUUGAAAACAAACUCCACUCCACUAAAAAUAAAAUGUUUCAGUAAAGCCGCA